AUGGCGGACUAUGGGAAGACUGAAUCACUCACUCAAUCUCCUGUCAUCAUGUCUACCGUGACAGAAGAUCCAGGCUCAUCUCCAGAACACAAACUACCAAUAAUACCCAGAUCGAAGACUCCCGGCAACACAAAAACCAAGGAGAAGCCGAACGAAGUACUCAAAGAGCGAGAUCAACAGGCAAAAGGACGAGCUGAGCUGAAGAAACGAAUCAUGGAACGCCGAAAGCUGGGUCUCCACUACAUCUUGAAAGCCCAAUUGCGUCUACGAAACAUGGAGGAGUCUAUCAAAAAUCAACACUUGCAUGAUCAUGAAUUGGCAGUUCCACUAGAUCGGACGGUCAUGGAGGUGACUCGUGAUCGCGAGAUUAAGAAGGUCGAGGAGAUUGAGGAGGAGUUGCAGAAGCAUAUUGAUGGCAUUCAGACUCUGUGUGCGAAGCUCAAGAAAUGA